GGGAGGGGCAAAAGUGAAGCCUUUAUAUUUCCUCUUCAGGGACACAACUCACAUCACACCUGCCAAAUUGUCCACUGCACUCUGGAAAGCAAAAAAGAUAGUGCUGGGCAUAAAAUGGAUUCCCUCAGCAGAGCAAACGUUGAAUUUUGCCUUGAUGUGUUCAAAGAGCUGAACAGUAACAACGUAGGAGAUAACAUCUUCUUUUCACCACUGAGCCUGCUCUAUGCUCUAAGUAUGGUCCUCCUUGGUGCCAGAGGAAACAGUGCAGAGCAGAUGGAAAAGGUGCUUCACUUUGAUCAUACUUCAGAGUCAUUAAAACCAGAGUUCAGGGACUCAGCUAAGUGCAGCCAAGCUGGAAGGAUUCAUUCAGAGUUUGGAGUCUUAUUCUCUCAAAUCAACCAGGCAGACUCUAACUAUACCCUCAGCAUGGCCAACAGACUCUACGGGACAAAGGCAAUGGUGUUGCAUCAGCAAUAUUUAACUUGUUCUAAGAAACUCUAUCAAGCCACACCACAAACUGUUGAUUUUGAACAGUCUCCAGAAGAAACGAGGAAAACUAUUAAUGCUUGGGUUGAAAGUAAAACUAAUGGAAAAGUCACAAACCUCUUUGGAAAGGGAACAAUUGACCCUUCUUGUGUAAUGGUCCUGGUGAACGCCAUAUAUUUCAAAGGACAAUGGCAAAAUAAAUUUCAGGAAAGAGAGACAAUUAAAAGCCCUUUUCAGCUGAGUGAGGGUAAAAGUGUGUUUGUGGAAAUGAUGUAUCAAACUGGAACAUACAAAUUAGCCUUCAUAAAGGAACCGCAGAUGCAAGUUCUUGAGCUGCCUUAUGUUAACAACAAACUAAGCAUGAUUAUUCUGCUUCCAGUAGGCACGGCCAGUCUGGAACAGAUAGAGAAGCAGUUGAACGCGAAGACAUUUUACAAGUGGACCAGCUCUGCUAACAUGGUGGAGAGGGAAGUUGAAGUACACAUCCCCAGAUUCAGGCUUGAAAUCAAGUAUGAGCUAAAUUCCCUGCUAAAUUCUCUAGGCAUGACAGAUAUCUUCAACGAGAUCAAAGCAGAUCUUUCUGGAAUAUCACCGGUUGAUGGCCUGUAUUUAUCAAAGGUCAUCCACAAGUCAUAUGUGGAUGUCAACGAAGAGGGCACCGAGGCGGCAGCAGCCACUGGGGACAGCUUCCUUGUGAAAAGACUCCCCAUUCGGGCUCAGUUCCUGGCAAACCACCCGUUCUUGUUCUUCAUAAGGCACAGCCAUACCAACACCAUCCUCUUCUGUGGCAAGCUCGCCUCUCCUUAAACAAACAGGCUUGAGCAAGGUGCAGAGUCAUAGAGGAGGUGCAGGGACAAACCCAUGACUAAAAGCAGUUCAUCCCCCCACACCUCUGUACCUCACUAUGCUCAUCUGCAAAAUGGGCUUAUGAUAUCUCUCAACUUAUACCUUGAAUUGGUGAACCUUAAGAUUAUGGAAAUCAUGGAAGAAGGUACAUUUACAAAACAGAUCCUCUAGUUCUCUUGUCUUUGGAGCCUCAUUUAAAUGUUAUCUGGGUGACAUAAUCAAGUCAAUGAGACUAGUUUGAAAGGGUUCAAUUUGUUUGACUUGUAUAUAUCCAUGACCUCUUGAAUAAGUGACCAAUCUACUACCUUCAGAAAACCAAUUUCAGGGCUUCAACUUUGAUGGGAUUUUUAAAUAUUGUAAUUUUCCUUGUAUGUAUAGAUGCAUUAUGAAUUUUUGUUCAAAAUUCUGUAUUCGC